AUGGUGUCACAACAGCGAGCAUCUUUUAUGAUGCUCGAUCCCACCAUGGACUCAUCCACACUUUCAAUUGCCAUCGACCCAGUGGCUUUGGUGACCACUGAAUGUAUCACCGUCACCUCGUCCAUGCGCAAGCAUGCCCGCUGGGCUCAUUCCUCAGUCUCCGCCAUCCUAGGAGGCAAUGGAGCCUCCCGUGUCUAUGAGCGGGAUAACUCUGCCCCCUCGAGCCCAGGUCCACGCAGAACAGGUCCAUCGACACCUCGCCCCGAUGAAGAUCAUGUAUUGGCCAGUCGGUGGGGUCUGCGAGGGAAGAAGGGGAAGAGCAUGCAGGACAACCCAUUGAUAUCGGCAUUUACCCGGCUGCGGAGUGAUCUGAAAGAUUGCAAAGACAUCCGAACUUUUGAUACCCCAGCUUUACUACAUCCAUUCCUACAGGUCGUUCGCUCCUCCUCGACCUCCGCCGCAAUUACCUCUAUCGCCUUGGUCUCCAUUACCAAGUUCCUCUCGUACAAUAUCAUCAAUCCGAAUUCUCCGCGGCUCCCAUUAGCGAUGCAGCUGCUUUCAGCCGCUAUUACACACUGCCGAUUCGAAGCUAGCGACUCGUCGGCGGACGAGAUAGUCCUGUUGCGAAUUCUGAAGUUGAUGGAAGGUAUACUUUCACGACCUGAAGGUGAACUUUUGGGCGACGAGAGCGUUUGCGAGAUGAUGGAAACCGGGUUGAGCAUGUGCUGUCAGGGUCGUCUGUCAGAGGUACUCCGGAGGUCCGCCGAAAUGGCAAUGGUGAAAAUGUGCCAGGUAAUCUUCAUGCGUCUGUCGCAUCUUGACCAAGAAGUGCCCGCAGGGCCAGAUCCAUUUGCGGGAGAAGAUACAAAGAAGGAUCCGCCAUCGCACCUGAAGAUGGACCCGUCAGUCAAUGGGGACACCGUCACAUCGCAGCACCUGUCAGCCAUCAGCGCAGACACAGCGGCCGCAGAACGGAACAGUACCAGUCGAGAGGGAUCACCCGAGCAGGCAGCAAACGGCAUCGCAGCAGCAGAACCACCGAGCCCGCAUGAUGACUCCGAAACCGAGCUUCAGCCCUAUUCCUUACCAUCCAUCAGGGAACUAUUCCGUGUCUUGAUCGACCUGUUGGACCCUCAUAACCGACAACAUACCGACGCCAUGCGCGUGAUGGCACUCCGAAUUAUCGAUGUCGCUUUGGAGGUAGCAGGCCCAUCCAUCGCUCGGCAUCCUAGUCUGGCUGCCCUGGCUAAAGACGAUCUUUGUCGAUAUCUCUUCCAGCUAGUGAGGUCAGAGCACAUUGCUAUUCUGACUGGCUCGUUGAGAGUGGCUGGUACCUUGUUAUCGACUUGUAGGCCUGUUUUGAAAUUACAGCAGGAACUUUAUAUUUCAUAUUUAGUGGCCUGCCUGCACCCUCGCGUAGAAAUACCGCGAGAACCCGGGAUCGAUCCAUCGCUAUAUGAAGGCAUUCCCCAAUCACCGAAGUUGGUGAAACAGCCGCCUACCCAGCCCAAUAGCGGCAGAGCCACACCUGUUCCUGUUCAAGAUCGACAGAAGUUGGGACUCGAAGGUGGAGCGAGAAGGCCCGAAGCCCGGGAGGCAAUGGUAGAAAGCAUUGGCAUGUUGUCACGCAUACCUAGCUUUAUGGUCGAGCUUUUCGUCAAUUAUGAUUCUGAAGUGGACCGAGCAGAUCUGUGUGAAGAUAUGAUUGGAUUGCUGUCUCGCAAUGCUUUCCCGGACUCUGCAACUUGGAGCACUACAAAUGUACCCCCAUUGUGUCUCGAUGCUCUUUUGGGAUAUGUGCAGUUCAUUCAUGACCGUCUGGAUGAUGAACCGGUCCAAGGAGACUAUCCUCCUCAGGAAACAUUGAAAAAACAACGAAACACGAAGAAACUCAUUAUCAAGGGAGCACAGAUAUUCAAUGAGGAUCCCAAGAAGGGAAUUGCCUUCCUUGUAGGCCAUGGUGUGAUUGAAGAUGCGAAUAAUCCUGUUCUGGUUGCUCGCUUCUUGAAGGGAACUACACGUCUGUCGAAGAAAGUCCUCGGAGAGUAUAUCUCCAAGCGUGGAAAUGAGGAGAUAUUAGGCGCAUUUGUGGACCUCCUUGACUUCUCAGGGCGCAAUGCAGUGGAAGCCCUCCGGGAACUGCUGAGUUCAUUCCGUUUACCCGGAGAAUCACCGCUUAUCGAGCGAAUUGUGACCAUUUUUUCGGAACAUUACAUGGAAAAGGUGAAUCCGGAUGCCAUCGCCGAUAAAGAUGCUCUGUAUGUUUUGACCUACGCCAUAAUCAUGCUCAACACCGACCUCUACAACCGCAACGUGAAGCCACAAAACCGUAUGACUUGCGCUUCAUUCGCAAGGAACUUGCGAGGUGUAAACGGAGGUGGAGACUUCGCGGAGGAAUUCUUGCAGGACAUCUACGAUUCUAUCAAGACAAACGAAAUCAUCUUGCCCGAUGAACACGAAAACAAGCAUGCGUUUGACUAUGCUUGGAAGGAACUAUUGCUGAAGUCCUCAUCUGCCGGCGAUGUCGUAGUUGGAGAGACCAACAUGUAUGAUGCCGAAAUGUUUGCCGCUACGUGGAAACCAGUGAUUGCGACCCUUUCAUAUGUCUUCAUGUCUGCGUCGGAUGAUGCCGUGUAUUCUCGUGUGGUCAAUGGCUUCGACCAGUGCGCGCAGAUCGCUGCCCGCUAUGGCUUGACUGAGGCGUUUGACCGUAUCGUUUUCUCCCUUGCAUCGAUCAGCACUUUGGCUACUAGCAACCCUCCAAGCACAACGCUCAACACAGAGGUCCAGGUAGGCCAGAAGAGCGUGAUGGUAAGCGAGCUAGCCGUCAAAUUUGGCCGAGAUUUCAGAGCACAACUGGCAACUGUGGUGCUUUUCCGAGUCCUCUCAACGAACGAGGCAACUGUCAACCAAGGCUGGGAGUACAUCGUCCGGAUCUUGAGUAACUUGUUCAUCAACUCUCUUAUUCCGCCAUUUGAUCCUGAACUCACCUCCGAACUUGAAAUCUCUCCAAUUCCGCUACAGCCUCCAUCACAGGUGGUUGAUCGGGAUGGACGCAACAAUGACACCGGAAUUUUGUCUGCAUUCACAUAUUACCUCUCAAGUUAUGCGGCGGAUGAUCCCCCUGAACCUUCUGAUGAAGAACUUGAUAACACACUUUGCACAGUGGAUUGUGUGACUGCGUGCUCAAUUUCCGAAAUCUUAACAAAUAUCAAAUCUCUCCCCUUGUCAUCAUUGGAGGUGCUCGUGGAGGCUUUGCUAUCCCUACUUCCCGAGGAGAACACACCUGCAGUCAUUGUCGUAAAACCCGAACGCCAUACACCAACGUCAAGGGCUGCUAAUAGCAGAGUUGAUCCUAACCAACCCAAAUAUGAUCCUUCAAUGAUCUUUGUUUUGGAAUUGGCGACGGUGCUCACUCUUCGUGACGAAAAGACCCUGGAGGUCCUUGGUGAAAAUCUGGCAACAACUCUUCAAACAUUGGUGCGCGAUGCGAAGAACCUCCAUCCGCUAACUGUGUCUCGCGUGGUUUCUUACCUCCUAAAUCUCUUGCGACUAAGCCAUGACCAACACUUCAUGCGGGUACCUGUUGUGCUUCACGCUAUUUCUGGAUUCGAUCAGGAUAUCUUGGAAACCGUGGCUGUGGCCACCGUCAAGGGUCUUGCCAGGUGCAUUGCUCAUACAGGCCGUCUACGAAACGAGAUCACAAUUUCUCCGGAUUUCUGGUCAAUCUUGCAAAGACUUCACCAACACGAGGCAGUUGCUUCUCUUGUCUUUGAUCUUCUACAGAGCAUUGUUGAGUCAAUGCCCGAUAUCAUCACAGCCGACAACUAUGAGUUCGUAGUCAGCCUGGCCAACGACUUCGUCAGCGCUGGGAGUGUGGGAUCUAUUGAAGAACGACACAGGGAUGCUCAGGCCCGUCGGAAUAAGGGGGUCAAACAAUCCAAGUCAAGUGAGAACCAAAUUGUGACUCGCGGUAUUAAGGCAAUCGGCCUGGUAUAUCAUCUGACUGGACGAGUCCCAGCUCUUAUCAAACAAUCUCACCUCGAGGAGAACGAAGGUAACGACCAAAUCUCUGAUUAUGGCAGCGAGUUUCUAAUAUGUGAAUUUCUAGCCUGGGCCGCCUACUGGUCUCCUAUUUUCCAGUCCUUGACCGGUCAAUGCAUCAACCCGUGCCGGGAUAUCCGACACCAUGCUAUUUCCACACUGCAGCGAUGUCUCCUAUCCGCUGAACUGAUCUCAAGCGACGACAAGGAGUGGACCAGUAUCUUCGAUGAAGUCCUAUUCCCGCUCGUCCUACUUCUUUUGAAGCCAGAGGUCUACCACUCCGACCCUGUUGGCAUGAGCGAGACCCGAUUCCAAGCCGCAACCUUGGUCUGCAAGAUCUUCCUGCGCUUCCUUGACCAGCUUCCUAACCGGGCGGGCAUGCUCCCUCUCUGGCUCAGGAUCCUGGACAUCCUGGACCGCAUGAUGAACAGUGGCCAGGGUGAUAGCCUGGCAGAAGCAGUCCCCGAAAGCUUGAAGAAUAUCCUCCUAGUCAUGGCCGAUGGAGGAUACCUCGUGUCCCCAUCCCAAGACCCAAGCAAGGAGGAAAUCUGGGUCGAAACCCGCAAACGCCUUGGCCGUUUCUUGCCCGAUCUCUUCUCGGAGAUCUUCCCCGAUGUUUCCAACGAGCCCGAAAAGUCUCCUCAGCACUCUGCCGUCUCCUCCCCCGAGGAGCCCCGUCAGACAGAGACGGUCACCGAGGCAGAACAGAAAAGCGAAGAGACUGCGCCCCGACAGGACAGCGAAGAAACAAAGGAUGCUGCCAAUGCCGAGAGUCAAUCUCAAGAGGCAGGGGAAAGUACCUCGUAA